CCAAAGACUGAAAGGUCACUAGUAGAGGCUAGAGUAUUUCGUGGGUUUGACCUAUCACCUCCAAUGCGAAAAUACGUGCUCUAAAAUACUCAAACUCUUUACAGGUUGAGUAUAGCAGUUUAACAGUAUCUUCAACAAGGUCUCGAGUUACAUAUGUUUCGUGUUAAAGUGCAGUGUAAGUGAAGUUACAACUUUGCGGUGCAUCGCCUAAAAGUCAUGGCUCUUGUAGCCAGCUCCUGGCGAGAGACAUCCUUAGGUAACCCGGUGAGCCUGAACUCUUUGCCCAACGGUUUGAAUCCUUUACCUCAGACUAGUACUUUAACUCCUUUACCCACCAACAUUAAUCCUAUUAAUCUUGAAACAUCCGAUCCUUCGCUGAUCAAUCGACAAACGCCGUCACAAAACUCACAAAAUAGUAAUAACAGUGUAGAUAAGAACCAGAACAUUGAGUGUGUUGUGUGUGGGGACAAAAGUUCUGGUAAACACUACGGACAAUUCACAUGCGAAGGAUGCAAAUCAUUUUUUAAAAGGAGUGUUAGAAGAAAUUUAACGUACUCAUGUCGAGGGAGCCGAAAUUGUCCGAUAGAUCAACAUCAUAGAAACCAGUGCCAAUAUUGUCGUUUAAAAAAAUGUAUGAAAAUGGGCAUGCGGAGAGAAGUAUCUGGCUCAGCACAAAAAUCUGCUGUGCAGCGUGGCAGAGUACCACCGUCGCAGCCUUCGCUUCCAGGUUUACCAAAUCAGUUCCUUAACUCAACAGACUCGAUGAAUACAUCUCUAAGCAACCACACGUACCUCAGUAGUUACAUAUCACUAUUAUUAAGAGCAGAGCCGUACCCUACGAGUCGAUAUGGUCAAUGUCUGCAAAGUAAUAACAUUAUGGGCAUUGACAAUAUAUGCGAGUUAGCAGCGCGGCUGCUAUUCUCAGCAGUAGAAUGGGCAAGGAAUAUACCGUUCUUUCCAGACCUCCAAGUAACUGACCAGGUGGCAUUACUUCGAUUAGUUUGGUCGGAGCUGUUUGUGUUAAAUGCCAGCCAGUGUUCCAUGCCUCUCCAUGUGGCGCCCCUUAUUGCUGCUGCAGGUCUUCAUGCAUCACCCAUGUGUGCAGACAGGGUUGUGCAAUUUAUGGAUCACAUUAGGAUAUUUCAGGAACAAGUAGAAAAAUUAAAAGUUUUGCAUGUAGAUUCGGCAGAAUAUUCCUGUUUGAAGGCUAUAGUACUGUUUACCACUGAUGCAUGUGGGUUAAGUGAUAUCGCUCAUAUCGAAUCCAUACAGGAAAAAUCCCAGUGUGCUCUAGAGGAAUACUGUAGGUCGCAAUAUCCAAAUCAACCUACCCGAUUUGGCAAAUUACUAUUGCGUUUGCCAAGUUUAAGGACAGUUAGUUCCGCAGUAAUAGAACAAUUAUUUUUUGUAAGGUUGGUUGGAAAAACUCCGAUCGAAACCUUAAUACGAGAUAUGCUUUUAUCUGGUAGUUCUUUUUCAUGGCCAUAUAUGUGAUAUUUAAAAGUGUACUAGUAAAACUAGUCAGUACUGUACUUUUUUAUGUUAAUCAAUACAUGCAUAUGUAUCAACCAGUUACUAUUAAACAUAUAUUUAAAAA